AUGGAGUUCCUCUUCCAGGUGCUCUUUUCGCCACUCCCCACGCCGGCCGUCAUCUCGCUGUUCGCCCUGGCGGCCGCCACGCUCUUCUACCUCAACACCAGGCCCACCCCCUUGCGGUCCCCUGCUGACCUCAAAUGCCAAACCCUGGGCAUCAAGGAUGGAGCCAGAAAGGUGGCCUUGCUCAAGGAUAACAACAACCUGCUGGCUUACCACUAUGUCGAUGCAAAGACAAUCUAUGAGGUGUUCCAGAGGGGCCUGAAAGUGUCAGGUAACGGGCCGUGUUUGGGCUUCAGGAAAGCGGGGAGGCCGUACCAGUGGCUCAGCUACAAACAGGUGUCUGACAGAGCGGAGCACUUGGGCUCAGGGCUCCUUCAGAGGGGCUUGAAGCCCACCCCGGACACUUUCAUCGGCAUCUUUGCUCAGAACAGACCUGAGUGGAUUAUUGGUGAACAGGCGUGUUACACCUACUCCAUGGUGGCGGUCCCGCUGUACGACACCUUGGGUCCCGACGCUCUGGUGUUCAUUAUCGACCAAGCUGACAUCUCUACGGUGUUGUGCGAUAACCAGAAAAAGGCAGAAGUUCUGCUGCAGAGCCGUGAGAAAGGCCAGACCCUCUCUCUAAAAACAAUCGUCGUCAUGGACUCGUUCGACUUUGACUUGGCAGAGCGAGGGGUCAAAUGCGGUGUGGAUGUGGUGUCCAUGCAGGAUGUGGAGUCUGCAGGGAAAAGCAACCCCCAGAAGCCAGUGCCUCCAAAACCACAAGACCUCAGCAUUGUCUGCUUCACCAGUGGAACUACAGGAAAUCCCAAGGGCGCGAUACUGACUCAUGAGAAUGUCGUCGCUGAUGCUGCUGGUGUCCUCAAAACUUUUGAGACGGCCAUUGUUCCAAAUACCGAGGACGUUAGCAUUUCGUUCCUGCCGUUAGCGCACAUGUUUGAAAGAGUCGUACAGACUGUCGUGUUUGGUGCCGGUGCGCGAGUUGGCUUCUUCCAGGGGGACAUCAGAUUGCUGCCGGACGACAUGAAGACCCUUCAACCCACCAUCUUCCCAGUCGUGCCGCGACUUCUCAACCGGGUCUACGACAAAGUGCAGAGCGGUGCUACAACACCUUUCAAAAAAUGGCUGCUCAACUUUGCGGCGCAGAGGAAACUGGCCGAGGUGCGGGAGGGCAUCGUCCGGAACAACAGCCUUUGGGACAAGCUCAUCUUCCGCAAAGUACAGGAGUCUCUGGGUGGACGAGUGCGAGUCAUGGUUACGGGGGCAGCGCCCAUCUCUCCUACAGUGCUGGACUUCCUCAGGGCCUCGCUUGGUUGCCAGAUCUUUGAAGCGUACGGCCAAACGGAGUGCACGGCUGGCUGCACCUUCACCAUGCCGGGAGACGCCACCUCUGGACACGUCGGCGUGCCUCUGCCUUGUAAUGUGGUGAAGCUGGUGGAUGUGGAAGAGAUGAAUUACUUUUCAUCCAAUGGUGAAGGCGAGGUGUGCAUCAAGGGUACAAAUGUGUUCAAGGGUUACUUGAAAGACCCAGAGAAGACUGCUGAGGCUUUGGAUAAUGAUGGUUGGCUCCACACUGGAGACAUUGGGAAAUGGCUGCCGAGUGGAGUUCUAAAGAUCAUCGACCGCAAGAAGAACAUUUUCAAGCUGGCUCAGGGCGAAUACAUCGCACCAGAGAAGGUUGAAAACAUCUAUGUGCGUAGUGCCCCCGUGGCCCAAGUCUAUGUGCACGGAGACAGUCUACAGGCCUUCCUGGUUGCAGUUGUGGUCCCCGAUCCGGAGGUCUUGCCGGGUUUUGCCAAGAACCUUGGAAUCCAGGGCUCCAUUGAAGAACUCUGCAAAAACAAGGAAAUAAAGAGAGCUGUUCUCUCAGAGAUGAUCAGUCUGGGAAAAGAAGCAGGACUGAAGUCCUUUGAGCAGGUGAAGGAUGCGUACCUACACCCUGAGCAGUUCACCAUUGAGAAUGGCCUCUUGACCCCCACACUGAAGGCCAAGAGGGCUGAGCUCAAGUCUUUCUUCCGCAUGCAAAUUGAUCAACUGUACGCACAAUAA